AUGGUGGUGGAUGGUUCCCGAGCUGGUGGAGCGAACGCAAUGGGAUCCGGCGAGAGAGGUGUUGCUGGAUGCCACGUCGGAACGGGAGUGUCGCCGGUCAUCGGCCGUCGAGAUGAGCGACGAGCAGGUGGUCGUAAUGGUGGCCGGCCGGUGGGGUUGUUUCGCGUCCGCGCCAUGAGAAAGGAGAAGAAAAUGUAUGAUGUCUCUUGUAGCGGUCCAUAUUUCUUACAUGAUGAUUUAUAUUUAGAUCGGAUGCAAUCGCCUCAAGAACUUGAAUCAACGAAAACUGAAUCAAGUGCAAACACAUCAAGAAUGGAAAGUACUCCUGAAAUGGUUGUUAUCGGAUCAAAUGAUGGAGACGACAUUGUAGCAGCCGUUGAUGGUGGUAGAGAACAGACCAGCAUAGUCAACAAUGAAGAAACUACUCCAUAUGCUAAAAGGAAAAGAAAGAAGACUUCAGGAGUUUGGGAACAUUUUUGCUUGGUGAAGUUGGCUAAUGGAACUGAAGUUUGUGAGUGCAUCCAUUGUGAUGAGAAGAUAAAGAAACUUAAAGAUGGAACCACCACACCAUUGCAUAGGCAUAUUAGUGAUUGCCCAAAGUUAAAAGCCGUCAACACCAUUCAUCCAGGUCAGUUAAAGUUAAAGGUUGUGCCGGGGAAAUUAGAUUCUUCUAUGGAAGCUAACCCCGGGUUUAACAAGAUUUCACGUACAUCGGCUAAGCAAGAUUGUGUUGCUAGUUAUGAGAUAGAUUCUGAUUUCAAUCUUAACAAAUGCAUAUUGAGUUUUGUUGAUGUACCACCACCUUAUUCUGGACUAUGUAUAUAUGAUUCCCUCUUUAAGUGUUUAAAAGAGUGGAAUAUUGAGACAAAGUUUGCUACUUUGACGAUUGACAAUGCUACAACUAAUGAUGUGGUGGCUACAAAGUUGAUGGAAAUUAUGAAUUUUCAGAAAAAGCUUGUUAUUGGGGGGAAGUUAUUCCAUGUGCGGUGUUGUGCACACAUUCUCAAUUUGUUGGUUCAAGAUGGUUUAUCGGAAAUUAAAGACAUUAUUCACAAUGUUCGUGAGAGUGUAAAACACGUGAAUGCCUUUCCGGGUCGAUUGCAUAUAUUUAGCGAACUUUCCAAGCAAAUGACCUUAUCAAAGAAGCAUUUGAUCUUAAAUGUUAGUACCCGAUGGAAUGCUACGUAUGCUAUGUUGUCUACGGCCUUGGAGUUUAAAGAAGUGUUUGUAAAUUAUGCCGAUCGAGAAUCAACAUACAAGACCUUGCCGACCUCGGAAGAGUGGGACAAAGUUGAAGUUAUUUGCUCAUUCUUGGGGCUUUUCAACGAGGUUACAAAAAUAAUUUCAGGCUCCGAAUAUCCUACCUCUAAUUUGUUUCUUAGUGAGUUGUAUAGAAUUAAAGAAGCAUUAGAUGAUUUGUCUUUAGAUGAGAGUAAAUAUAUGAGAGAUAUGGCUCUCAAGAUGAAAAAGAAAUUUGACAAAUAUUGGGGUACUUGUAAUUUGCUGAUUUUCAUUGGUGCUGUUUUAGAUCCUAGAUACAAGAUGAAGUUGCUUGAGUUCUCUUUUAGUUCCAUUUAUUCAACGGAUGAGGCACCUAAGCAAAUGAAAAUUGUGCAAGAUACUUUUACUAAAAUGUUUCAAGAGUAUGUUGAACAACAUAAAACGGCUAAUGUUGUCCAAAUGAGUAGUGCACCUGACAAGAGUGAAAUUGGAGUUAAGAGUGGUUAUAACAAGUUAAGUUCUAGAGUUGGUAUCAAGAGUGGCACGACAAAGUAUGAUCAACAUAUCAGAAGCGCUGACACUUUUGCAAGUGUGAAGUCAGAGUUAGACAUUUAUUUAGAAGAAGGCGUGUACAUUGGUGAUUCAGGUGCAUAUUUUGAUGCCUUGGAGUGGUGGUAG